AUGCACGAGAUGCGAGAUUGGUUCAAAUUGGCUGACAAGAACAAUGGCUAUUUGAUGUUGCUCAGAGAAAGCGCCGAGUGGUCAAUGAAGUUGAAAAAAUUGAAAGAAAAAUCAGAGAAUCUUGAACAGAAACAGAGCAUAUCCGUUAAAGACAUUUUGAAUAAGAUAAAACUAAUUGAGUCGGGAAAAUGCUUCAGGAAAGACAGUUCGUACUUUGUCAAACUUCAGAACGUCAUUAGUAGUUUGAUCAGUAUCACAUUAUUCACUUCAAACAUGGUCCCUCAAACUAGAGAAUACUUGGAUUCUCUUUCUGAAGUCAAAAACAAACUGGAAAUUGUGAAAAAAGAGAUAAUGACUGUGAACAAGAUGAGACCGACUUCCGAUUCGAAUGCUGUUUUGUCUCUGACAAAUGCUCGACAGAUAUCUGAAGCUAUUGGACUUUGUACUCGGACUCUGAAGAAUAUGGAUAGUGCACGUCGACACAGAAAACAUCUUCUGAGUAUCAAGGAAUUCGAGAAGGAGACAGAAGAAACAUUGAGACAUUUCAAGUUGAGAGACUGGGAACAUCCAUCGACUGCAUUAAGGGACAUGCUUGAUAAAAUUGACGAAUUGAAUCAAGAGUCAAUCAAUCUGAAAAACGAUAGUCUGGAUGAAAUGACAGGAAUUCUUGAGAAGGCGGCAAAAAUCAAUGGAAUGCCUGGAAAGAAGACAACAUUGCAAAAGUUUUACAAGAACUUAUCCACGUCAUCACAUGAAGAGAGUUAUUCGAACGACGACUAUUACUUUAAUAUUGUUCAAAACCUAGAUUUGCAAUUCUCAGAUUAUCAUGGUCGUCUCAGAAAUUCUCGCGAAUUUCUCGCGUUAUUGAAAAACUACUUUGAUGAAAUAUUCGGUGAGCCGAAUCCAAAGAACAACAAGAAGAGCAUUGAACCGGCUGUCUCUAUUACAAGUUUAGUGUUCAUUAUAAUUGGAAUUAUUUUCGUCAUAUUAAUCGUGUCUGUGCUGGUUUAUGGGUUGACAGAAGCAGGGAGGACGAAAUACAAGAAUCUCUAUCUAUAUUAUUUUGGGAAACCAGAAGAAUUUGAAAAACGAUGGAGGUAUUCGCUGUUUAUGGAUCAGUUCAAUCUGAAAAACUCGCUCCUGGAUGCAGUUCGAGAAGUGAAUAAAACCAAUUUAUUGAAAGUUCUAAAGAAUGGAGCAUACGUUAACGUCUACAAUAAAUAUGGUAACACAGCCCUCCACGUAGCCACUAAACUUGGUCAUGUUGAAUUGGUUGACGUCCUCAUCCGAUAUGGAGCAGAUCGUACUCUACUUAACAGUUCCAAUCGUCUUCCUGAAGAGAUGCUUCCAUUCAGAUAUCGAGCUUAUCAACCGGAGAAGGCAGAUCAAUACGAUAAGAUCAAAGCAAUUUACAAGAAAUACAAAAAUAAGAAGUUCCGGAAGAGUGUUCCUCAAGUGUUUCCUGUUCAUUCUUUUCAUAUUUUCAUAGAUGACAGAACGGAGACGAAUUUGACCAAUACUUUCAUGGAGAAGUUUCAAUCAAUAACAUCAGAUGAAGCAAUGGAAACAACCACUCACUUCGUUGUGAAAACAGAUCAGUAUGGAGUAAUGGAAACUGAUCGUUUGGAUCUAUUACUAUGGAUAUUCAAUGGAGUCAUUAUAGUAAAAGAACAAUGGAUGACUGACUGUUUGGACGAUGAAAAAAUAAUUUCACAGGAUUACAACUAUCUGGUUGAAAAUAUAAAGUACAAAGGAGUCAUUUACAAUUCAAUACUUACAUGGACUGAAUAUAUGGCUAAAGGAAAGAUGCCAUUUUUGAUUGGAGUAUACGUGGCAUUGGUAAUGGAACAUUAUGAUAAUCUAUUAACUCUCACUGCAAUCAUCGAAUCACACGGCGGAAUAGUGUUGAAUGAGUUCCCCUUGAAAGGGUACUUCAACAAAAAUGCUCACCCGUAUCUGCAUGCGAAUCUGGGUCCAAUUUUCUUGAUCCAUGAUGGAUCAAUUGACCUGAACGAAUACAAAAACGAUCCGGAUAGACUAUACAAUCUGUUUACAGAAGAGGAAUUCGUUAUCUUUUUGUUGAAGCAUGAAAUCAAUAUUGAUACUAGAGAAAACCCGAUUCCGGCGAUCAAGGAGAAAGCGAUUAAGUGA